AUGGCAACCGGGCAACAAACAAGCUCGACCCCAUCGUUCUUCAACUUCCUGAAAGAAGGUCUGCUCCUCCCUAGCCACAACUGGAGGCUCUUCGCAGCUGUCUUCACAAUUAUCGCCGCCUCCUCCUGUCUCCUCCUCCUCGGCAACGACCUCGCCGUCCAGCCCCUCAGAGACGAGCUUGACCAGGACACAAAGGCGCUCCACAGCAUCGAUCCCAGUAGCCCAGCAGGCAUUCUUCAACUCGUCCAAAAGACCAAAGAUGACGCCCGGGCUCUCUUGCUCACCAGCGCAGCCUAUUUUCUGUUUGGCGCCAUCACCAGAUCAGCCAUCCAGGUCGUCGUCCUCUUUGCCGCCGUCGCGACAUACUCCGGUGAGCUGCACACCUUUGGCUCGCUCCUCGGCAAAGUCAAGGCACAGCUGAAGGGCCCCGUACUCACGCUCGCCUUCGUUUACGCACUGGAGAUCGCCUAUGUCGCGCUUCUUGCCAUGUCCGCUCUGCUCAUGUUCCUCAAGGUCAAGAAAUACUUCGUGUUGUUAACUGUGGGGUCGCUGCUCUUCCUGGUUCCUGUCGUCUUCCUCGUGUACUUCUCCUUCCUCUGCUCCCUGAGCGUCGUCGUGGCAGUGGCCGAGCCCGGUUGCCACGGCGCUGGCGCUCUUGGGCGGGCGUGGCGGCUGUUGAAGGGGAAGCACAGACGGGCCAUGCUUUUCAUUUUUGUGACUGCCUUGCUCGCCGUUGCCUUAACUCCUAUCUACACUCUGGCCAACAGAUGCGCACUUAGUAACAUGGGAGAAGGGUUGCUCCUGGGGUUUCUUUACGUCAUCUUGAUGGCCGCCGUGCAGGUGUUUGCGUUCUGCGCCAUGACCGCGUUAUACUACGAGUGCAAGGGGAGCACCCAGGCAUCGGCGGUGGAGUACGUCAAGGUUUCUACCAAGGAGCAAGUUGAUGCUUGA